ACCUGAUCCCUUUUUUGUCAUUUUUUACUUUUGUAAAAAAAUGGCAGCCCUUUUUUUCAUUGCCAGAGUUUACAGAUGAAAAGGCAUCUGUGCUGAACUCUAUUGUUCUGUAACAAAGGAGCCUGGUCCCCCUAUCCACCCCCCCACCCCCCAGCCUGGGAACAGUGUAGGAGCUGCUUUCCAAUUUCUUUUGCUAUAAAAGGGCUUUUCCUUCCCUUGCUUGUAUCUAAAUGUUUAGCCGGAGUUAAAACAGCAUGUAAAUACAGUAUAUCACUUUUUUAAAGUUGUGCUGAUUUAUUGCCGGAUUUGGAUUUGUGUAAUUAAGCUUUGAGAGAAAACUCCACUAAACCAACAUCUUGAAGCCACUUGUGUAUACUGUACUGUGCAGCAGUAUUUUACACUUAAGACCUGCUCCCCAUUUGUCUGUGCAGCUGUACAGUAAUAACCGGUGAUGGCUAAUGGUGAUGGCAAUGAGCGAUGCUGCACAGCUCUGUGCAAGCAGUACGUUAGAAUUUCUUAUUGCAUUCCAGCCACACUCGGAAGGACCGUGCUCACAAGAGCAGCGGACAGUUGAGUCCUGCAGAGGCAGCUCCAGCGUUUUUCCGACUGUACCACUGUUGUAGACAGAGCAGAUGCAGGAUUAGUCUUCUAUGCUCUAGAAUGAGUGACCAAAUAGAUCUGCAUAUUUCAAUUUUACCUAACCUCACCCUCACAAUAAUGAUAGCUCCCUUUUAGAUUUGUGUGAAAACAAAUUUUCAGCAUUUACAACAAACUGUCAAAAGUCUGUAGUAAACAUACUGUAGGCAUUUUAAAUACAAAUGUGCACAUUUAAAAUCAUCUGAGAUGUGUUGGCAGAGGACAAAGACAGGAGAUUGUCUUGCAGGUGGUCAGAAUUAGGAGCUAUGAGGGCAGAAUUCUGGUUCCACCCAAGCUGACUUUUAAAUUGGAGCAGUACCUCCCCACAAGCGAGCUGUCAGUGUGUGAGCAACCUAAAUUACCAUAAUGUCUGGCUAGCUAGAGCCUUGCAAUAGCAACAUCUAACUGGAUUACAGUGCUACAGCGAGUAGGUGCCCUUGGUGUAACUAGCAGAGAUGUGAAAAGGAUUUCCAUUUGUCUAGUCUGCGCCGAUUUUGCAGUCUAAUCCCCAUCUCUUCUCACUGCUGACCUUGAGCUGAGUGCUAAUCUUCGCAGUGAAGGGAAACAGUCUGCCGAGCGUCUUCUCAAGCAAACACUUGGCACUGCUGAAACCCAGCAGCCUCCACUCCGUUCUCCACCUCUUCCCUCUUUUAUGGAGCAUUUGCAAAAUGUGCCAGCUGACUGCCUUUAAGGUGGAUUGUAUGGCCCUGCUGUAGGAAACAGUGGAAUGGACAGAUCCCUGGGCAGCAGACAUGGAUUGUGAGGACCCUCAUGACGGUCUAUCAGCGGUCACCUCCUUACUGCAGUUAACAGUGGAGCAGCUGCCCAGCCCCUGUGUGCAGGAAGAUACUGAGGGCAGAACCUCUGUCCCCCUUGCAAUCUCCAGCGCCAGCAGCCUCUGCAGUGAGGACCCCUUCUGCAGGAUCUGCCAUGAGGGCAGCGGUGGUGAGGAGCUCCUGUCGCCCUGUCGGUGCUCAGGCACACUGGCCAAGCUGCACCGCAGCUGUCUGGAGCACUGGCUGACAGCUUCAAACACAAGCCACUGUGAGCUCUGUCACUUUGAAUUUGCCUUGGAACGCUUGCCAAAGCCACUCAGUGAGUGGCUGCAAGCCCCAGCGAUGCAGCAUCAGAGGAGAACUCUGUGUGGAGAUGCCAUCUGCUUCAUGUUUAUAACUCCAUUAGCCAGUCUGUCUGGUUGGCUGUGUGUCCAGGGAGCCACGGACCUCUAUUACAGCAGCAGCAUGGAAGCAAUUGGACUCAUAGUCCUCACACUUGCACUUUUCACCAUUUACCUUUUCUGGACAACUGUCUCGAUACGAUAUCACAUUCAACUCUUCAAGAAGUGGAGAAGGACUAAUCAGAAAGUCCGACUUCAGAUUCCAAGACCAGCGGUACUGCACAGUCCAGUGCAGGCUGUCCCACCCAGCACCACGAGCAAAGACAAGAAUAAGGAAACUAUUGUUUAGCUAAUGGAGACGGUACUCAGUC